AUGGGUUUCCGAGGCGUGGACGCUCAAGCCGAAGAAGACGGGGGCAAGGACCAGGCCGGGAGGGCUUAUCCUCAACCAAUAUGGGUUUCCGAGGCGGGGAAGCCGGAGCGCUUAUCUUCAACCCACGUAUACUCAACCAAUAUGGGGCUUCAGGUGCAUGGUCUCAACCUGAGAAGAACACGGAGGCGGGGAUCAGGCGGGGACGAGGCCGGAGCGCUUAUCAUCAACCAAGAUGGGGUCUCAGGUGCGUGGUCUCAAGCCGAAGACGGCGGAGGCGGGGACGAGGCCGGAGCGCUUAUCAUCAACCAAGAUGGGGUCUCAGGUGCGUGGUCUCAAGCCGAAGAAGGCGAAGGCGGGGACGAGGCCGGAGCGCUUAUCCUCAACCAAGAUGGGGUGUCAGGCGGGGACGAGGCCGGAGCACUUAUCCUCAACCAAUAUGGGGUCUCAGGUUCUUGGUCUGAAGCUGAGAAGACGGCGGAGGCGGGGACGAGGCCGGAGGGCGGAGGCGGGGACGAGGCCGGAGCGCUUAUCCUCAACCAAGAUGGUGUCUCAGGUGCGUGGUCUCAAGCCGAAGACGGCGGAGGCGGGGACGAGGCCGGAGCGCUUAUCCUCAACCAAGAUGGGGUGUCAGGUGCAUGGUCUGAAGCUGAGAAGACGGCGGAGGCGGGGACGAGGCCGGAGCGCUUAUCCUCAACCAAGAUGGGGUUUCAGGUGCUUGGCGGGGACGAGGCCGGAGCGCUUGUCCUCAACCAAUAUGGUGUCCCAGGUGCAUGCUCCCAAGCACGAGACUUCAACCUCAAGAAGAACGAGGCCGGGAUAGGCGUACACUUCACAAGUCGUCGUGAUGAAGAGAUCGCACAGUCAGCUAUGCACGCAUGUUCCAGACUAGUCGGAUCAUGGACCGGUGGCUUUGAAAGGGAGGCAAGCGAGCCUGUGGCACAGCUGCAACUGGGGCUCAGGCGUGCGAUAGAAACCAGUAGUUCACGACAGCUCGACGCGAUGGAUACACCGGUACUUUUCAGCGCCUUAAACUGCACUUGCCGGACGGCAGCAAAGAAAUGGACACGUCUACCCCACAACCUGAAGCUGGCCAUUUCGCAGUUCACGAGACGCUCGGAUUGGGCACUGAGGCUAGGACACCUAGCGCUGAUCGGUGCACUCUCCAGGUACCCGAUGCUGGCUUCGAGAGCCACAGACGACUUCGACUUUGGCCGGCGACUCCAAUACUUUUCAGUCCAGGAUCUACAAGGGCUUCCGAGAAACACCAAGAAGACCAUCCGUCUCUGCAUCGCGAACCUUCGGGCUUUCGAGAAGAAGAAGAAGCAGAAGGAGAGGACAGAGCUCCGGAAGCAGAAGCAGGAGGAACUCCUGAGACGGAAAUUCGAAGCAACAAAGAUUGUGGUCGAGCGCGCGGCCGCUGAAGAAGACGGAGGCGAGGACAAGGGGUUCCGAGGCGUGGGAUCUCAAGCAGAAGACGGCGGAGGCGAGGACGAGGCCGGAGCACUUAUCCUCAACCAAGAUGGCGGGGACGAGGCCGGAGCGCUUAUCCUCAACCAAUAUGGGCUCCACGAGGUGCGUGGUCUCCACCCGAAGAAGGCGGAGGCGGGGUACACGGUUUUAAGCGGAGAAGACGGCGGAGGCGGGGACAAGGAAGACGGCGGAGGCGGGGACGAGGCCGGAGCACUUGUCCUCAACCAAUAUGGGGUUUCAGGGAAGGCGGAGGAAGGCGAAGGCGGGGACGAGGCCGGAGCGCUUAUCCUCAACCAAGAUGGGGUUUCAGGCACGGACGAGGCCGGAGUGCUUGUCCUCAACCAAUAUGGGGUUUCAGGGAAAGCGGAAGCGGGCACGGACAAGGCCGGAGUGCUUGUCCUCAACCAAUAUGGGGUUUCAGGGAAAGUGGAGGCAGGGACGAGGCUGGAGGGCUCAUACUCGGCCCACAUGGGGUCUUGGGUGCGUGAGAAGGCGAAGGCGGGGACGAGGCGGGACGAGGCCGGAGCGCUUAUCCUCAACCAAUGUGAGGUCCGAGGUGUGAGGCGAAGAGGUGCAGCCGCCACGCUUAUCCUCAACCAGAAUGGGGGCCAGGGGGAAGAGGAUGGAGGCGGGGACCAGGCCGGGGCGAGCAUCCUCAACCAAUAUGGGGUCCCAGGUGCGUGGUCUCCACUCGAAGAGGACGGAGGCCGGGACAAGGAUGGAGGGGACAAGGCCGAAGUGCUUAUCCUCAACCAAUACGGGGUCCCAAGUGCGUGGUCUCCAUUGCAAGAGACCAAGGCGGGGACGAGGUGCGUUAUCCUCAACCAAUAUGGGUCCCCGGUGCGUGGUGUCAACCUGAAGAAGACGGAG